GAGCACAAAUGAAAUGUUCGUGCUGGCCGAGCUGAAAGACAACGUGCGGAUAGCACCGGAAUUGUUCGGCUUGAAGCUUCCCGAAGCGAUAAAGGAUGAAAUCAAUCGAAAGCUUGCAAAUAAGGUCCUGCUCAACGUGGGCCUUUGCAUCGCACUGAAAGACAUUGUAAAGCUGGGCGAUUCCAUCAUACUGCCCGGCGAUGGUGCAUCCCACACGGAGGUAAACUUCCGGUACAUUGUGUUCCGACCGAUUAUCGGCGAUGUUAUCACGGGCAAGAUACGUAGCUGCAGCCGGGAAGGUGUACACAUAACGCUCGGGUUUUUCGACGACAUUCUCAUACCACCGUCCGCACUGCAGCAUCCCUCCCGCUACGAAGAAGCGGAACAAGCGUGGGUAUGGGAAUAUCCACUGGAGGAUGGUAACACACACGACCUGUACAUGGACAUUGGGGAAAGCAUAAAGUUCCGUGUUUCGGGCGAAGUGUUUGAGGAAAGUUCCCCGAUCGGCCCACCGGAUCAGGAGGUACCGUCGAGUGCGGUCCCGGGCACUAGUGGGGGUGGAGCGGGAACGAGCGGUGUAACGGAGGGCAAUAAGACACCGUACCGUAUAGUGGCGGCCAUAAAUGAAUCCGGGCUAGGGUUGCUAUCGUGGUGGGUACAGCAGAAUCAGGAAGAGGACGAGGAAGGUGAAGAGGAAGAGCAGGAGGACGAGGCGGAACAGGAAUCGGGUGGAGAGAAUGAAUAAAUGGAAC